UGUUUUCAUCUUUGGAUUCUGCAUCAGCAUCUCUGGCAUCUUCUACACAUCCUGUGCUUGAGGCUGAUUCAUGUUCAGGCCUGUCUGUCAUAAGAUGCAUGUUUAUAACUGUAGUUUCAGUCUCUUCAUGUCAAACAUGCAGCGUGUGAAUCAUUGCAGCAGGUUCUGCAUCAUGUCAGUAACUGAAAUCACAGCUGUGUUUGAGCAGGAUGUGUUCAUGACAGUGAGGUUGAACUGGAUCAGGACUGAACCAUGUUUGUAAAUUGAUGAUAAUGUGUGAGCUGCACAUGGUAAAUCAGUGGAUCACAAACUGGUGAUCAAACGUUCUUCUGCUUCGAGUGUUUGGAAUGAGGAAGAAGCACUUUUAGUUUGGAUGAAGGGUGGGGCUCAAGUUUUACAGGCUGAUGAGCAGAGGUCCAGCAGUCAAACUCACAUGUAGAGAUGAGAGCUUGAGGGUGAACUAAUGAGAACGUUCACCAGAGUUACUUCAUCACGGAGGUGAAAAACUAUUGGCUUCAGCGUUUUCUGAACACUGAGACCUGCUCCUGAACAGACCGUCCACGUCCUCCCUGCAGACGUCUCCUCGUCCAACAAGAUGAACAAACUAUUUCUGUUUCUUGCUUUUUUUCACGUUUCAUCAUCAGUGAAACAUACAUUCAAAACUGCAGGUUUUACAACUACUGGAAUCCCUCACCUCCCGCAGUUUAUGGCUAUGGUACUGGUUGAUGACACUAUGAUGGGUUACUGCGACAGCAACAGAAAAAUGGAAGCUUUUGGGGCUGUAGCCAAAAAAACCUUUCACAAAUACCCUGAGCUCCUAAGACGUAACAGUGUGGACUGUUUUGAGAACCUUCCCAAGGUUUUAAAGGCAGCACUUGAUGGUGUCAUGCAACUCUUCAACCAAACUGAAGGUGUGCACUGUUUACAGGGAAUACAAGGCAUCGAGUGGGACCAAAACACUGAAGAGAUUUCUGGAUUUUCAUACAGCGGUUAUGAUGGAGAAGAUUUUAUGUCAUUGGACCUGAAAACUCUGACGUGGAUUCCUCUGAAACCAGAAGCUGUUGUCAUUAAGCAGAUCUUUGAUAAAGACAAAGUUUUUAUAAAAGAAACAGAGUAUCGCGUCAAACAUAUUUACCCUGAGUUUCUCAAGACCUUUUUAAAUUAUUUAAAUGAAACUCAGGUAAAUAGAACAGGUCCUCCCUCAGUGUCUCUGCUCAAAAAGUGCCCCUCGUCUCCAAUCAGCUGCUUCGCUACAGGUUUCUACCCAAACAGAGCCGACAUGUUCUGGAGGAGAGAUGGAGAAGAGAUUCACAUAGACGUGGACAAAGGAGAGAUCCUCCCCAACCCUGAUGGAACCUUCCAGAUGAGGGUCGACCUGAACCUUUCAUCAGUCACAGCUCAGGACUGGAGCAGAUAUGAAUGUGUGUUUCAACUGUCUGGAGUGAAGGACGACGUCAUCACCAAACUGGAAAAAACAAAGAUCAGAACCAACUGCGGAAACUCCAUGAGUCUGAUCAUCGUCAUCGUUGCUGUGGUUCUUGUUGCACUUGUUGCUGUGAUUGGAUUCAUCGUCUACAGAAAGAGAAACGCCAAGCGACCUCCAUGUCCUGUGCACGAAUGUGGCGUAUUGGAGCAACUGAGUCCUGAGGUCCAAACUCAGCAGCUUGAACCCAGUUCAGAACGCGCUGACGUCUAAUCAGAUACGAUAUGAGGAGCCGUCACUUCUUCUACACGGAAGUGGAGGAAACAGAACCACCUCAGACCUGAACCAGUUUGAUGCUUGAACCUGCUUCAUUGGCUGCGUUUUCUUUUGUUAUAGUUUUUUUUUUCAUAUUGAGGAUUAUUGUGUUAAAGUCACUAAACUACAGGUUAAAAGUUCCAGUGUUUCUUGUUUGAGUUUCCCUGAACUGAAGUCAGUCCUGCCUCCAAACAGACUUGUCUGUUGUUAAUAUGUUGUUUAAUGUGUUUUGUCGCCUUUGUUCAGUCCAGUUAAUGAGUUGUGUGUCCCUGUUUGUCUGAGUUGUCUGACAACAACUUUGUGUGUGUGUGUGUGUGUGUGUGUGUGUGUGUGUGUGUGUGUGUGUGUGUGUGUGUGUGUGUGUGUGUGUGUGUGUGUGUGUGUGUGUGUGUGUGUGUGUGUGUGUCACUCGUUUCUGUGCAGAGAUGCAGCGUCUUCACUGCUUCAGCCAAACGUCAGUACGUUUGUAACAGAUUUGGGAGGUUUAGACCAAAUUAAUUUCAUUUUGUUUGGUUUUGUUUUUUAUUUGUUAUUUGGUUAAAAUGUGCAGCUUCUGUUGAUGGGAGGUUUGUUAUUACUGAACGUUCUCUCAUGUUUAUUUGUGGAGCUUAAAGCUCCACAUGAUGCUGUAGUUACUUUAUUUCACUGUAUUUCAGAUUAUUGUUGUUUUAUUGAGCCUGUGUUGUUUCCAGUGACUGAAGUUGGACAGUUUUACACCUUUUCAUUAUUAGUGAGUCAGCAAUAAACAGAUGCUGCUUUAUUCCCAGUCGUCUUCUCAGUAAUAAACAAUAAUUCAAACAUCCAGUAUCGUCUGUGUUUGAAGGACUGAGAGAAAAUUCAGCUCUUUGACUUAAAGCUGGAGAAAAGCUUGUUCCAGUGUGAAACCGGAUCCUGGUCCAGAGUUAAAGUCCUCGUCAGCCACUGUAACGUUACACAACGUGUCUGUUAGAGUCCAGAAAUACAAUGAGCUGAUGAGUCAGUUUCACUUCUGUUUUCUAAAUGAAAGAUUCUUAAGAAGAAUGUUGAAGCUGCAUUAGUUGCACAACUUUUAUUAAUCAUUAUUGUUUAUUUCUUUAAAACAGCUCCAGGCUCAUAGUUGAAUCUGAUGGUGCUCUGAAGCACAGGAGCUCCACAGGGAACGGUCCUGUCUCCUCUUCACCCUCUACACCUCAGACUUCAGGUCCAACUCAGAGUCCUGUUCUCCAGAACUUCUCUGAUGACUCUGCUAUUGUAGGACGUAUCCAGGGUGGUGAUGUCACAGAGUACCAGGAAGUGGUGGACAGCUUUGUGGACAUGUGGACAGAACCACCUGCAACUGAGCAUCAGUAAAACUAAGGAGCUGGUGAUGGUGUUUAGGAAAUCUGUGAGUGCUGUCACCGCUCUCACUAUUAAAAAUGAAGAGGUGGAGGUGGUGACCGAGUACAAGUACCUGGGAAUGUACUUGGACCAGGUACAAAUACCUGGAGUGUACUGACAAUAAACUGGACUGGAAAAAGGACUCCUCCACUGUGAACCAGAAGGCUCAGAGCAGGAUGUACUUCCUGAGGAGGCUCAGGUCCUUUAACGUGUGCAGCUCCAUGCUGAGGAUGUUCUGUGAGUCUGUGGGUCCAGUGUUUUAGGCUGUGGUCUGUGGGGCAGCAGCAUGAAUGUAACAGACAGUAACAGACUGGACAAAGUGAUCAGGAGGUUCUGGUUCUGUUCUGGGGGUGGAGCUGGACCCCCUACAUGCUGUAGCUGAGAGGAGUAGCUGGUCCAACUCCUCUCUAUAGACGACACCUCCACCCCCACACAGUGUGUGACUGGACAGAGGAGCACCUUCAGCCACAGCUGAUCAGUAUUAGGUUCUGCACAGAACACUACCAGAGAACCUUCCUACCGUUGGUCAUCAGUCUGUACAACUGCCCUCUGUUUGUGAGGGUUGAUCUUCAUCCAUGCAGUAACAUGUAUAAUUAAAGGUUAGCUAGUAAUUAGAUGUAAUUAGACAAUAGUAAUUAGACUUGAUGUGAGUGUGUGUAGAUGUGUUAACGUUCUUAUUUUUAAUCUCCCUCCUUCUUGUGUAACCUCCAUCUGUGACAGUGAUCAAAGUGUGCAAAUAAAUUUCCCUCUGGGAUUAAUAAAGUUUUUUGAAUCUUGAAUCUGAUGUGAUCUCGUUGGGAGCAGGUCGUUGUUAUAAUCUGUGCUUUGGCUCCACCCAGUGGAUCAAACCUGUUGUUUCUACCACUUAAAUAUGUUUUCAGAA